UCUUCAAGUCGCAAAGCACGAAGCAAUGAAGCAGGAAGAGUUUUUAGCGUACUUGGCCGAACUGCGCUCCCUUCCACCUGAGGUUCAAUUAGAGCCCGAGCUUAAGCCACAACGAGUAAAACUUGACAAGAAAAUCAGGGAAGAGCAGGCUCUGGCCCAGGGCGCGGUGCUGUCCGCUGUGCUGGAGGAGGGGGACGGCGGGCCGUCACCAAAGGAGGGGGAUCUGGUGUACAUCCAGUACAGCAUCCGCGACCUGGAGGAUGACCUUCUGUACAGCACCCGCAGCGAGGAGGGCGGCAGCGGCCAGGCCUACGCCUUCCUGCUGGAGCGGGGCGUGCGGGUGCCGCGGGGCUGGGAGAUCGCCAUACAGGGCAUGAGCAAGGGCGCCCGGAGCGUGCUGCAGGUGAAGCCGGGCUACGGCUUUGCGCACCCCGACUGCGCCAUGCAGCCGCCCGUGCGCGACCUGCCCACCGACCAGCCGCUGCGCUACGACAUCAGCCUGCUCAACUGGUACCCAGCCGAGGGCGUGCACCAAUACGGCGCCGGCGAGGCGCUCAUUAAGCGGGCGCUGCGCGAGGGCACCGCGUGGGAGAGCCCCCGGCCGCCCUUCGAGGUGACUCUGCACCUGACCGCCAGCUGCCCCGCCUACGACGGCCUGCAGCUGACGGGGCAGCGCCUGUUCAGCAGCCGCGGCGAGGGCCGACAGCCGCUCAACCUGCAGCUGGGCAGGGGGCUGCUGCCGCCAGGUGUUGAGGAGGCUCUGUCCUUCAUGUCCAAGGGCGAGCUCGCCGCGUUCGUUGUGCCCGCCCGUACCAUGCGGCCCGCAGCAGCAGCAGCAACAGCCGCAGCAGGGCAAAGAGCCGGCGGCGGCGGCGGCGGCGGCGGCGGCGAUGACGACAGCAGCGGCGAGGACGGGGACUUGCUGUCGCCGGCGGCGCGUGGCUCGGGCGGCGGCGAGGAGCGGGGCAUGGAGGGGCGGGAGGCCGCGGCGAGCAGGUGCCUGGUGCCGCCGCCGCCGCCGCGGUGUGUGCAGGUGGAGCUGGAGGUGGAGCUCAUAUCCAUGGUGCAGGUCCGCGACAUGACGGGCACGGGCGAGGUGACCAAGAAGCGGUUGCGCGAGGGCACCGGCGACUUCCCCAUCGACUGCCCGCUCAACGACACCACAGUGCGCCUGCACUUCAAGGCGCGGCCCUUCACCGCCACAGCCACCGGCGGCGCAGCCACCACCACGACGGAAGCGGUGGCGUCCGUGGCGGCAGCGGCGGCGGCAGCGGGAGCUGGAGCGGGGGAGGUGGACGGCGGCGGGCCAUGGGUGUACGACUCGCGAGGGGAAGCGGGCGAGGCGGCGGAGCCGCUGGUUGCGGACACGGGGUGCGGCGAGCUGCCCGAGGGGCUGGAGAUGGCGUUGAAGCUGAUGGUGCCGGGGGAGGUUAGCCGGGUGGUGGCGGCGCCACGUUUCGCCUACGCCGGGCGUGAGGACUGCCCGGCGGGUGUGGGCGACGCCGCCAGCACCACAGUGGAGUUUGAGGUGGAGCUGGUGGACUUUGAGCGGGAGGGGCACUGGCAGAACCUGUCGUUUGAGGCGCGCUACACACUGGCAGAGCGGCUCAAGUCCAAGGGCAAUGACCUGUUCAAACGGGGGCAGCACAAAUUCGCGAGAGCCAGAUACGAGCGGCUGCUGCGGCUGCUGGACUCCACUCGGGACUUCGAGACGGAGGAGGAGGUGGCCAAGAUUGACGGGUACAAGGUGGCCACGCUCGGCAACCUGGCGCUGUGCCUGUCCCAGCUGACCGAGUACGCGGCCGCGGUGGCCGUUUGCGACAAGGCGCUCGAGUUUGAGCCCGAGAACGCCAAGAUGUGGUUCCGCAAGGGCAAGGCGCUCAGUCUCAAGGGCGACUAUGAGGAGGCCGCAGAAGUGCUGAAGCAGGCGCUGGAGUAUGAUCCCGGCUCCGAAAAGGACAUAAACGCCGAGAUUGCGGCCAACGCGGCCCGGCACCAGGCGGCGGUUCGGAAGCAAAAGAAAGACUUUGGGAGCUUCUUGAAGAAGCGGUAGCAACUUGCAUGGGACUACGGACUGCUUGUGUGCGUGACCGUGUCAGCGAGGGGCGCGUGGGCUAGUUCGGGGCAACGCGGGGGCGUUGGGGUGUUUGGGUGUGUGUGGAAGUGGAGGCGUCACCGGAGGAUGGGGCCCGGCAGAACAGGCUCGCUUGUAAUACUUUUCAGCAUGUACUGAACUGUCAUUUCACCAUGAACGGGCUUGUAAUUCGAGUACCUC